AUCAGCUUCCCCUGAUUCUCUCUCCCCACAACUCUCUCUCUCCUCUUUUGUUUUGCCUCUGUAUCUCUCUCUCUCUCUCUCUCACUCUCUCUACAUCAUUUAAACGUCUCAUGUUUCACCUUCUUUACUUAAGCCAACAAACUCAUACAUCUCCUGUGAGAGAGACUGUUGGAGACGAAGGGAGAAAGAAAGACUUCUUCUUUGAUAGACCCGAGAUUUCUUCUUUUUAAAAAUAAAGCAGAGAUUUUUUUUCUUUCUUUUCUUGUUUGCUUUUGCUUUCUCUUCUUUUCCUAUGUGUGUUUGUGGGCACAAACCCAAAAGAAAAGUAAAUGUUGUCUCCCUUCUCUUCUGAAUUUUUCUUCUUUACUUCUCUCAUAGCUAAAGCUUCCAUUAUGGUAAUUUCUUUACAAGGAAGACGAUGAUGACUCAACUUCAUCUCCUCUACUUGUUCUUGUUUCUCUCUUUCUCUACUCUUACUCUCUCUUCCGAGCCCAGAAACUCUGAAGUGGAGGCGUUAAUAAAUAUAAAGAAUGGUUUGCAUGAUCCUCAUGGAGCUUUGAACAACUGGGACGAAUUUUCAGUUGAUCCUUGUAGCUGGGCUAUGAUCACUUGCUCCCCCGACAACCUCGUCACUGGCCUAGGAGCGCCUAGCCAAUCUCUGUCGGGAAGUUUAUCUGAGUCAAUCGGUAACCUCACAAAUCUCCGACAAGUGUUAUUGCAGAAUAACAACAUCUCCGGCAAAAUCCCACCGGAGCUCGGUUUACUUCCCAAAUUACAAACUUUGGAUCUCUCCAACAACCGAUUCACCGGCGAAAUCCCCGUUUCCGUUGAGCAGCUAAGCAGCCUUCAAUAUCUGAGACUGAACAACAACUCAUUGUCUGGGCCCUUCCCUGCCUCUUUGUCUCAAAUUCCUCAUCUCUCCUUCUUGGACUUGUCUUACAACAAUCUCAGUGGUCCUGUUCCUAAAUUCCCAGCCAAGACUUUCAAUGUUGCUGGGAAUCCAUUGAUUUGUAGAAGCAGCCCACCUGAGAUUUGUUCUGGAUCUAUCAAUGCAAGUCCUCUUUCUGUUUCUUUGAGCUCCUCUUCGGGACGCAAGUCAAAUAGAUUGGCGAUAGCGCUCGGUGUAAGCCUUGGCUUUGUUGUGUUACUAAUCCUUGCUCUCGGGUCCUUUUGUUUGUACCGAAAGAAACAAAGAAGGCUACUGAUCCUUAACUUGAACGACAAGCAAGAAGAAGGGCUUCAAGGACUUGGGAAUCUAAGAAGCUUCACAUUCAGAGAACUCCAUGUAUCUACAGAUGGUUUCAGUUCCAAGAACAUUCUCGGCGCUGGAGGAUUCGGUAAUGUGUAUAGAGGAAAGCUUGGAGACGGGACAAUGGUGGCAGUGAAGCGGUUGAAAGAUAUCAAUGGAACUUCAGGGAAUUCACAGUUUCGUACCGAGCUAGAGAUGAUUAGCUUAGCUGUUCAUAGGAAUCUGCUUCGGUUAAUCGGUUAUUGCGCAACUUCUGGUGAAAGGCUUCUUGUUUAUCCAUACAUGCCUAAUGGCAGCGUCGCCUCUAAGCUUAAAUCUAAACCGGCAUUGGACUGGAACAUGAGGAAGAGGAUAGCGAUUGGUGCAGCGAGAGGUUUGUUGUAUCUACAUGAGCAAUGUGAUCCCAAGAUCAUUCACAGAGAUGUCAAAGCUGCUAAUAUUCUCUUGGACGAGUGCUUUGAAGCUGUUGUUGGUGACUUUGGGCUUGCGAAGCUUCUUAACCACGAGGAUUCUCAUGUCACAACCGCGGUUCGUGGCACGGUUGGCCACAUUGCACCUGAAUAUCUCUCCACCGGUCAGUCUUCUGAGAAAACCGAUGUGUUUGGUUUUGGUAUACUCUUGCUAGAGCUCAUAACCGGAUUGAGAGCUCUUGAGUUUGGUAAAACCGUUAGCCAGAAAGGAGCUAUGCUUGAAUGGGUGAGGAAAUUGCACGAAGAGAUGAAAGUAGAGGAAUUGGUGGACCGAGAACUCGGGACUAACUACGAUAAGAUUGAGGUUGGAGAGAUGUUGCAAGUGGCUUUGCUAUGCACACAAUAUCUUCCGGCUCAUCGGCCUAAAAUGUCUGAAGUGGUUUUGAUGCUUGAAGGCGAUGGAUUAGCUGAGAAAUGGGCUGCUUCGCAUAACCAUUCACAUUUCUACCAUGCCAAUAUCUCUUUUAAGACAAUCUCAUCUCUGUCUACCACUUCUGUCUCAAGGCUUGAAGCACAUUGCAAUGAUCCAACUUAUCAAAUGUUUGGCUCUUCGGCUUUCGAUGAUGACGAUGACCAACAGCCUUUAGAUUCAUUCGCCAUGGAAUUAUCCGGUCCUAGAUAACACAGAGAACUCAAGAAAGACACAAAAAGAUAUCAUUUUUCGAUGGAAAUGCUCUACACUUUUAGUUAUAAUAUAGACAUGUAUAUGUUGGUGAUGAUGAAAAUCUCUCUACAGUUUGAGAUUCUGUGUUCGUUAUGUUAAUGUAUAUAUUAACUUUUUGGAAGGUAUUUUUUCUUGUGAGUUUCA